UUUCGCAGUGCCUGAUGCGCCAUGGAUGCGCAGGGUACAGCUUAAUAAUUGAUGCCGUGACAAGAUUUUGGAGUCACAAUCCAACAACGCAUGGACGUGGUGUCAUAUGUGCAGCUCUGAAGGGUGUGAAUAUUACAUGAUGGAUGGACAUCUAGAAAAGUAUAAAGAGGGCUGAAGAAGUCGGCAAAAGGUAGGAUAAUAUUUCAGAGCAUCAGUUCAUCAGUUCAUCAGAGCAUCAAAGCAUCAAAGCAUCAAAGUAUCGCAUCAGUCAAUCAACCUUCAAAGCAUAUCAAGUCCUAUAUCAAGCCUUCAUCAACCACCACAACACAACCACCUCCACCAACCAUCACCACCUCACCACCAGCUAAAACAAAACCAACCAACCAAACUCGCAAUGGAAUCUGUCACCCUCCAACAUCUCUCCCGCCCCGACGCCAUGGACCACAAAACCGCUACCUUCCCCUCCACCUCUACCCCCACCCUCGCCAGUUCCACCAAGUCCACCUCCUCCCUCAAAUCCGCGCUGAAGAACGUCGCCCGCAAAGCCCGCGAGCAUCAUCACAGCGUCAAUGAGGCGUAUAUGACCUACUACGGUGCCAGGACGUAUAGCUCGGACGAGAGUCGGCAGGGGAGCAGGGUAGAGGAGGGGACGUUUACGCCGCAGGCUUAGAGAUGAGAGACGGGAAUGAUACCAUCGAGCAUUAGGUCUGCAAGGGAAGGGGUUUGGAGUUUGCUUUUGGGACAGUUUACGACAGAUUUUUUGGGACGGCAGGUUCGUUUGGAUAUAUAGGGGAUGAGAUAUGAGGAUCGGGCUUCAGUGCGAAUAGAUUAAGGGAAAUGUUUCAUGUACAUAUACAUCCCUAU